CUUUCAGUUUUUCCGCUUAAAAUUGUUUUAUAAACACUGCACUGUACUUAGAAUGUCAAAGAUUUUCCACUAUCGCUGAGUUACGAGACAGAGCAGAUAUCUUUUAAACAUUGAACAAUGGCAGAAAAGCAGUCGGGAUUUUUCAAAUGGUUCGGUUCAUUGAGUGGAAGGUUCUACAACACCCACCAGGAGUGGCAAAAGCUUCCCGAAUGGGCAAAACAACAUUAUAGGAUUGAAGCCGAGCAGCAUUGUGGAGAUAUCGACACAUUUUUCUCUGGGGCCAUGAAGGGGUUGGCUGAGGGCACUGUUGAGUACGCGAAAAUGUGCCCUGAAGAAGCAGCUAAAAUGGGCGCUGACGUUGCAAAUAAGGUUGGACUUAAACCUGAGAAUGGGGUCGAGUUUGCCGAGGGAUUUUUAUCAACUGCCAAGCUUGAGAAAUAAAUCUGCAUUGUUCGUCAUUAUGAUCACUUACAGUUCUCAUAGUGCAUAAACACUAAAAUAACGCAAUUUUAUAUAAACUAUUUUCAUUUUUUAUUUUGAUCAUAAGAUGAAAAAAUCAUAAUAAAUGCAAUAAAUGACUGAAUUUUUGUUAAUACU